AUGAGCCUGUCAAGUGGGUGUGCCGUUCAUGCCGUGCUCUCGCACGCCAUGCCGCGCCAGCUCACUUGUCGGGCAUACAAGGAUCCAGAUUAUCAUUUUGCACGCGUGCCACUCCCUCUUCCUGACCACAUCGUCCUGUACACCGUGGACUCAUGGCCAGUGCACGCGAACACGGCGCGCGCCUAUCUUGAGCUUGGACAGGAUCACACACCCUUGGAACUCGGCACUCUUUCUCGCGAGCGCAAUGCGCUAGCCUCGCGUGUUGAUGUGAGCUCAUCAUCACUGCAAGAGGCCGUCCGCGCACUCGAGCGUGAACAGGGCCUGGCAAAACUCGUGGUUCUUUUUGGUGACAGCGCAGUUAUCCAGGUUGGUCUGCUAGCCCCCGAAGCACCCCGGAUCCAACAUACGUGGAGCAAAACACCUCGGCAAGAGUCGAACAAAUCCAAGCUACACCUGUCUGACUCGGGACACCCUUCGCCGGAACAGUUGAUCACCUCUCCAUUGGCUACCCUCGAGACCCUGAGCCAGCCUCAGAUGGAUAUGGAGCCAGAUACUUCCAGUCCACCCUGCGGAUCGCAAUCUUCUCAACUUCUUUUUCAGGACACUGUCAAAGCCACACCCGUUGUCCCGAGUCAGCCAUCGCCUCUGGAGGACCGGAUUCCACCAGCCCAAGCAACAUCAACACAUCCCAUCAAGCCACCCACUCAAUGCAAAGAAGCAUCUUCUCCCGCCAAAGCUGAUGAGGAAGCUGCGACAAGUGUCAGCACCCCCGUAUCGGGGCGUCGCAGUGCGCGGCGGGCAUCGCGCCGCAACUCAACGGCACUCACCGCCACCGACACACCAGCCAAAGUAGCCAAGACAACAAGAGCGCCUCGAUCCACCUCGGGCACGCCAGAUCAGCCAAGUGGACGAUGGGGACACUCUUUCACCUCGAUUGGCGAUGGCCAUCGCGCGCUGCUCUUUGGCGGUCAAGGCGACGGGUUUUCCAUGUGUAAAGACUACUGUUGGAUGUAUGAUAGCAAGGCCGAUGCUUGGGCUGUGGUCGACACCUCCGUGCCUGACAUGCCGCAAAAUCGCAUGGGCCACACGGCUGUCUACCGCGAGGCCGACAAGUCCAUCAUCAUCUAUGGCGGUGCCAAGCUCAAGCGUUUCUUGCGCAAGGUUCACCGCUAUGAUACUCAAGCCCAAUCUUGGAGCGUCAUCGAGAGCCAAGGAGCCAAGGGCCCGGCGCUUUCAUAUCACAGUUGUACACUUCACAAUGACUGUUUGUACAUUUUUGGUGGCAACUAUCCUUGCCCUGACCCCAUUCCAGAUGGCUGCAGCAACAAGGUUCACGUCUUCAAUUUGACCCACGGAGACUGGUAUGAACCCGUUGUAGUUGGCGACGUCCCCUCGCCGCGCUCUGGGCAUGCGGCAACCAUGGUCGAUGACGACUUGUACAUCUUUGGCGGCUGGGAUGCACCCGAGUUAUUCAAUGACCUUUACAAACUUGACGUCAUUUUGAUGGAGUUUACUCGUGUCAGCACCCAGGGCCAGCCACCCUCCCCACGGUUUGUGAUGUCUUGUCCUCCCAUUCUAUGA